AUGUCUCUUUUUUUAUCACCUAAGUUUGCUUCACGAAAAUCGCUGGACCUGCUAACGUUUAGAUUAGGAAGCUCGGUAUCUUUACUGUGUACGCCGCUGCUUAAACGGCCCGAUGUUUUUAACUUGAGUGCACGCAGAGAUGUACAUAGCACCCAAACAAAAAGCCAUUUGACCUUUUUAUUGAAUAACAAUGAUAUUACUCCCUUCCAAAAAUUUACAGUUAAAGUACUGAAGGAACAAUGCAAAUCAAGAGGGUUGAAAUUGUCUGGCCGUAAGUCUGAGCUAUUACAAAGGCUUAUAACGUACGACUCCUCUUCAUACAUCAAAAGAAAUGCUAAGAUAGCCAAAGUACCCAGAAGGAGUCCAAUGACGGACAAACCAACAAAAGCCAAUGAAAUAUCAAUCGGUGAUAAAAUUCCUAAAACAAUUGAUAGAAAGCACUUUUCCAUGCAAAAAAAAUCUAGUAUUCAAUUUCCUUGCAAAGAUCACCCAUACUUGCAACCGAGAGAUAAAUUUUUUUUAUUAGGAUUUGUUAUGCUAUCAUGUCUUUGGUGGAACCUCGAACUUCAGGAAUCUAAACCUACCAUUGACCCCAAGCAAUGA